AUGCCGGGGCCCGACAAUAUCGGAUUAAAGGAUCUUAUCCAAACAGAUAUCUGGCCAUGGAUCAAGAGUUGCCAGUCCGAUCAUGAAGAAUGCCAAACAGCUGGGAAUAUUGUCGAGGUACCGAAAAGACUCAUUGACGUCGGAUUGGAUAAAUCCCAGACGGUGAAGUUAGUCCAACCAGUCGAUGAUGAUACAAAGGCUACAGACUUUAGCUACCUUGCAUUGAGUUACUGCUGGGGAAAGGGAACAAGCAACAGCAAAGCAAGAACAACAUCGAGCAACCUGUCAUCUCGCCUACGGGGUAUCACUACAAGCACCCUGCCCAUGACUAUCCAAGAUGCCAUCACAGUUACUAGGCUUAUGGGGGUAAGAUACCUCUGGGUUGACGCAAUUUGUAUUAUUCAGCCAGAAGGUCUAAAUGAUCGCGGGGAUUGGGAAACUGAAGCGGGGAAGAUGGCAGAUUACUACUCGGGUGCUCUAUGUUGCAUCGCUGCUUCCUGUGCAACUAAUUGUGAACAAGCAUUCUUGAGACCGAGACCUUUGGGACGAUAUACAAUUCGACCGGUUGUUAUACCAUUUACCGAUGCACACAGGGAAGAUUAUCUAUGGGCUAUCUUCAGGCCUGUGUUGGACGGAGAUGACCAUGACUUUCUAUUCGCACAUUCGAGGAAUCUUAUUAGAAACUCACUCAUAAAGCGCGGCUGGUGCCUGCAGGAAAGAAUUCUAUCCUACCGAGUGCUUCAUUGGACAUGGGCCGGUGUUUUCAGGGAAUGUCGAAGCAGGCGACCUCUUAUAGAGACUUUACACAAUACCAAGGCAUCAGGGUGGAAGCAUAUUCUAACUGGCAGCGAAUGCGAUGCUUUGGGCAUAGGCUGGUUCAGACUGGUUCAGCAAUACUCAGAGAUGGAAUUGACAUACCCUGAUGACUGUUUACCUGCCAUUUGGGGUAUAGCAAGCAUACUAUCCCAAAAGUUCCAAGACCAAUACUUUUAUGGGGUUUUCAGGUCUUACUUGAUGCAAGGCCUACUUUGGAAAUCAACUGCCGGAUUGAAAAAGGAUAACAAGUUUCCUACUUGGUCCUGGAUGUCCGUCUCUGGAUUGGUCUAUUACGGAUUGGCUCCAUUAAACAAUCAGCAUUCCAUGAUUCGUCAUGUUUUUCCUGAUCCAUUCCCAACUGGCCAUGGCUCAACGUGCCAUGGAGAGCGUGUUAGCUAUGCGCUUCACGUUGAAGCGCCGCUUAUUACUAUAUCAACAGAAGAGCCCCUAGAUGAUAAAGAUUGUGCGAUAAUUAAAGAAGAGAACCCAAUAUUUGGUGGCUAUACAUUUCGUUAUACCGGAAGACCCUUGAAAGACGAAGGGUACGAGGAAUUGGUGGUAUUGUUGUUGUAUGGAGAUAAUCUUUCAUACGAAUACGAAGGCCUGGUUUUGUCCAAGCGUGGAGAGGAGUGGGAACGCGUUGGGUUCGCCUGGAUAGGAUCAGAUCUUCCAACAAGGUCAGAACGUCCAAACACAUAUCAGGAACCAAAGAAGUUUACGAAGCGAGUGGUAUUGAUAUAG